GUGUAGUCUUUACAUGGUAGUAGAACAACCAGGGCAGAAGUUAGCUCGCAGUUUAUCACUAGAUAGCUAGAAAAUAAUGCAUUUGCUUGAGAAUUACUUGAUUAAUUCGGCAAAUAUUAACUUUAAUUUAAAUGUAAUGUGACGAUGUAUAAUUUGCUGUUAUUGGUUCGUGCGGGUACUCGGCGCGUCAGGUCUUCUUAGCCUAGCCUAGCUUAACCUAGCUUAGCUUAGCCUUCCAGCUAUGCAGCAUUGCUCGUAACAGUUUCAACAGAGAUGUGUCAUAACAAGGGAAUGACUUUCAUCAGUAACGUUGACAUCUAGUUAGCAGCCAGUGUGACUUAGUUCCUGUCUGUUCAUGUGCCAUUUUGGUAAACUGCCCGCUGGUUGAAUAGGUUUUCUUCGGAACUGGAGCUUUCCCCGAAGCGUUGACAACAUGUUGAACGUCCCUACCCAGUCGUUCCCUGCGCCGCGCUCCCAGCAGCGGGUCGCGCCGUCCGGCCAGUCCGGCAGGAACAAGGUGUCCCUGAAGCCUGGACACAGCCUGAUGGACUGGAUUCGGUUCUCUAAGAGUGGGAAAGAUCUGACGGGGCUCCGGGGGCGCCUGAUUGAAGUGACCCAGGAAGAGCUGCAGAAACACAACACACGAGAUGACUGCUGGACCUGCAUACGAGGUAUGGUCUACAAUAUAACCCCCUACAUGGACUACCACCCAGGUGGGGAAGAGGAGCUGAUGAAGGCAGCUGGGAUAGAUGGCACGGACCUGUUUGACCAGGUCCAUCGCUGGGUGAACUAUGAGUCCAUGUUAAAAGAGUGCCUGGUGGGCAGGAUGGCCACCACAGUUAUUAAAGCUAUCAUCCCUCCUUCACCGCAGAAUAGCCUCGCCCCCCCUAUGUCAAUGGCUGCUCCCACAGAAAAAGACUCCCGGCCGCGGUACGACUGGUUCCAAACUGAUGCCACUGUUCAUCUGGUCAUUUAUGCUAAAAGAAAGAUCCCCAGCUCAGGCUGUACCAUUGUUGACAUGGAGGGGGGUGUCUUACGACUGGAGGUGCUGCUGGGGAAGAUGUCCUACAUGAUACAUUUAAGUCUAGCUGAGGGCGUUGAGGGAAACGCUGCUGUCAUCACUGCCUUCCAAGUGGGAAAGAUCCAGGUCAGCAUACGCAAACAGGCUAAAGGAAAAUGGACCAGUCUUGGCCAGCCUUUGGAAUUUCACAAUACAUUUCUACGCAAAAAAGACAGAGCUCUCCACUAUCGGGAUUGUGUGUUGGUGUCUAAGACUGAGGUGAACCAUAACAGCCAUGUGUUCAGACUGCAACUUCCUCGUGGGACUGUCAUGCAUGUGCCUGUUGGAAAACAUGUCUACCUCAAAGCCCUCAUUCAAGACACAGAGGUAGUGAGGCCAUACACUCCAGUAGAUCAGAACCUGGCAGCUGUCUCCCACCAAUCCUCACAGGAAUCAGACCUCUACCUCAUGAUCAAAGUCUACGCUGACGGAGUGUUCACCCCUCAUCUCAACAGCCUGCACGUCGGGGACUGUAUAUCCGUUAGUGGUCCAGAGGGUACCUUCAGUCUCCGCCCCCUACGUGAUGUCACAUACCUCUACCUAUUGGCAGCGGGCACAGGGUUCACACCCAUGGCUCGCCUCAUCCAGCUGGCCCUACAGGACGUGGACACCAUCAGGAAAACCAAGCUGCUCUUUCUGAACCGACGGGAGGAGGACAUUCUGUGGCGCUGUGAACUGGAUGAACUGGCUGCUAGUAGUGAGAGGUUUCAGGUGGAGUACGUGCUCUCCGAUCCCAGUGACAGCUGGACCGGCAGGAAGGGUCGGGUGGACCAGUCCAUGCUCCAGGAUUUCCUCAACAGGCCUGACGGGUCCAAAUGCUAUGUGUGCGUGUGCGGCCCCACUGCCUUUACAGAGCUAACAAUAGGGUUGUUGAAGCAGCAGGGCUUCAGUGAAGAGGAGCUCCACGCCUUCCAGGGCUGACGGAGCUCUGCCUCCACACAACUCCACCCUGCAAAGACUGAGUGCCUGUGUGAGAGAGAGAGAGACAGAGAGGGAGUUGAGUUUAAUUUAUAGACUUGUGUUUGUGAGAAGUGAAUGGAAUGUUGUAUUUCUAUGCACCGAGGCAGGAAGAACCCCCCAGCUCUGAUGGGCUGUAAAGACAGUCACAAUAACUCAGUAUAGUACGAUUCUUAUGAUUGUGGACAGUUUGGCCAUUGUCUGAAAUAAAGUUGCUAAAACUAUAAAUUGAAACUUUGCAAAAGGUUUGUAAAAUCAGUAACAUAUACUGAGACACAUAUAAUCUAAUGAGGUUAUGUAAAAUGGUGUAUAUGUGUAUGCAAUAUAAAAAUAUAAUAUGAGCUGUAUAGGAGAGGAUCUUCUGAUAUUUAUGGAUCCUGUUGUUCCUGUUCCAUGGAUGCAAUAGCAAGAGAGUUCUUACCUCUAGGUUUAAAUAAAAUGCAUUAUGGUUUUUAAAGGGGUCUCCCAUUCAUUGAGACUGGGGCAGUUUUCAUUAUCACUACAGAGUUGAAAUUCCCCAGGUUUCAUUUUGAGCACAAUUUGACCAUUAUAAGUAGAUUUAUUUGAACUUUUUAAAGAGAAACUACACAGAUAACCCCUGCUUCUGCUGCCUUUAUAAACAUUGAACAUGGUGGAAAAAUAAAGCACUGUGAUGUAACAUUGUACUGCAGUGUUAUGUCACUUAAGCAUGUGAUCAUUAUUGGUACUGUAAACAAUGCAAAUAUAUUUCAAACGAGCACCUUACCUCCUGUCCUGUUUCACUAAAGCCCAGAUAAAGGGAUCAGAGAUCCUGACUUGGUCCUCUCACAUCUCCAUCCUGGUGAAGAAAGAUCAGAAACAGCUGUGUUACUUAAGGCAAAAUUCCUGUUCCAAGUUCUCGUCAACUUUUACAGAGGAGCAUUAGAAAGCAUCCUGACUGAAACAUUAAAAAACUGGUAUGGGAUGUUCACGACAUAGAACAGGAGGGCUCUACAGCGGGUGAUUAAAACCGCCCAGAACAUCAUUGGUACCAUCUACUGAGCCUCGGUGAUGUUGGUGAGAAGAGGAGAGGAAGUCAAAUGAAAUCAUUCCAUGUCAGAACCGUUAUUAGAUUGGAGUCGAGUACUUGAAGAUACAGAUUGUCCAGUUAUUCAAUUAUUCUAUGUGUCACAUCAAUCCUUUUGAAUUUAAGAUCUAGUAUUUUCCUAACCAGGCAUCUGACAAAUAGGGUCUAUUAUAUUG